GCUUCUUUAUUCCCCAAAUCCUUGUUCCAGACGGGACAAAUUAGAAGAGGCUUUGGGAUAGCAUGGAAGAAAACGUGAGCUCUGAGAAUUCACCCUUCCUCUCUUCUUGGGACUGGAAGAACAAUGCAGGAACUGUGAUGCUGAGGCAGUGUCCAUCCCCCAAGAGCCUGUCUCCAUCUCCUUCCUUUGAAUCUUAUUCAUCCUCUCCUUGUCCGGUUGUUGUGGAGGUGCCCUGUGCCAACAGCAGCAGCAGCAGGAGUGACAACAGCUUGAUGGGAUAUACCCUGGUGGAGUUUCCUGCCAUCUAUCUGCCACACCCUGGACAGGGCAAGGGCCAGAAAGGUCCCAAAGUCAGGAUGUCAGCCCAGCGCAGGAGGAAAGCCAGUGAAAGAGAGAAGCUGAGAAUGAGGACCCUGGCUGAAGCCCUGCACACCCUACGCAACUAUCUGCCUCCUAUCUACAGCCAAAGAGGGCAGCCUCUCACCAAGAUACAGACACUGAAAUACACCAUCAAGUACAUCAGUGAGCUCACAGACCUGCUGAACAGUGUCAAACAGGCACAAAUGCCCUGAAGAGACUUGAAAGUUUAAGAUCCUUCUUCCCAGACGCAAAAGCAUCCGGCUUUAUUCCCAGCCCUCAUCCACAUCCACGGCAAAAGGACAGAAUUUUGGAUAAUAGCGAAUUUAUUCCACAGAAUUUUUUUUUCUGCUCUGAGGAGAUGCCCAGUGACAGAAUAAAGAGGCCGUUGGUUGUUUUGGGAAUACCUCAGAUGAUUCGGGAUCCAUCCAGAUGGUUUGCCAUUAUGUGAACAGAAUAUUGGACUUGAUGUGCCUUUGGUCUGAUUCAGCAUGGCUUUUCUUAUGGUCUUUGGCUCUUGGAAUCAGAAACAAUUUUUUGCAAUGUUGUCUCUGGUGGGAUUUGUAGACACCAAUUCUGCUUGAGAAUCUUUCUUUUGUUAACAGCUGACCCAAUUUCAUUUGUUGGGCUAUGUUUUGACAAGGUCAUCCAUGGAGUCUAAAUAAAAUGUACAUUUUUCAAAAUCAUCUGUUUUGGUUAGUAGGCACUUUACAUUAGCAGGAAGGGAAAAAGUAUGUAUACUUAGUUGAAGAAUAGUCUUUAAAAACCUACAUGCUAUAGUAGCCACAAGAAGCCUUUAAAAGUAAAAUUACAAAAAUACAAUUUCUUUCUAAGUUCUUUGUAUGGGUUUAUAAUACUAAGUAGUUAUUUUCCUAUUGUUAUUAUUUUUUAUUAUUACUGUUACU